UAACGUCAUCUUCGUUUCACUGACUCGGCUGACAACCUCACGCACACUCAGCUCAGCUUACCAUUCUCUCUCUCUCUCUCUCAUCAUGUAGAAGCAGAGAGAGAGAGCUUGAAGAAAGAAACAUGGUGUCGUCGUCUCAGAAGAAGAGCCUCCACUCUCUGCUCGCCGCAAAGCUCAGCAACCUCACUAUCCCGCCUUCCUCUUCUUCUUCGUCCUCCUCUCCACCUCAAGACUUCGACUUUAACGACCUCUUCGGCCCCACCACUGCCACCCCCAAUGACCAAUCAACCUCCGCCACGUCGCUCCCUCCGGCUCCACUGGUCAUCCACAACCGCUCUCACUCCUUCGUGGGCCCCUCCCCGCGCUUCGCUCCAUCUUCCUCCCUCCCUUUCACCGCCGAAUUCCUCGAUUCCCAGAGCGACGAAGACGAAUCCGAAAACCCAGACGGAACUGAUAAUCGGAAUGAUGGGGAAUCGGAAAAGACCGAGCUCGCAGUCAAAGAGAGAGCUCGUAAGUUUGGGCCUGCGGAUUUUGAGAUGCUCAGAGUUGUGGGUAAGGGCGCGUUUGGGAAGGUCUUUCAAGUGAGAAAGAAGGGCAACGAUGACAGUAACAACAACGAAAGUGAUGGGCUUUAUGCUAUGAAGGUUAUGAGAAAAGACACAAUUAUAAAGAAGAACCAUGUGGAUUAUAUGAAAGCUGAGAGAGACAUCCUCACUAAGGUUGUGCACCCUUUUAUUGUCCAGCUUCGCUACUCUUUCCAGACCAACUCUAAGCUUUAUUUGAUCAUGGAUUUUAUAAAUGGAGGGCAUCUCUUCUUUCACUUGUACCGGCAGGGAAUCUUUAGCGAGGAUCAAGCAAGACUGUAUACUGCUGAGAUAGUAUCUGCUGUUGCACAUCUUCACAAGUGCGGGAUCGUGCAUCGGGACCUUAAACCUGAAAAUGUUCUUGUGGAUUCUGACGGGCAUGUCAUGCUAACUGAUUUUGGACUAGCAAAGGAAAUUGAUGAAGCCAGCAGAUCAAAUUCAAUGUGUGGGACCACAGAAUACAUGGCUCCUGAAAUAUUGCUGUCUAAAGGCCAUAACAAAGAUGCAGAUUGGUGGAGCAUUGGUAUACUUUUGUAUGAGAUGCUAAGUGGGCAGCCACCAUUUAUGCAUGCGAAUAGAAAGAAACUCCAGGAGAGAAUCAUCAAAGAGAAAGUUAAACUUCCACCUUAUCUUACCAGUGAAGCUCACUCCUUGCUCAGAGGAUUGCUACAAAAGGAUCCGUUACAAAGGUUGGGGAGUGGGCCUAAUGGAGGUGAUAAUAUCAAAAGUCAUAAAUGGUUUCGAUCAAUCAACUGGAAGAAGUUGGAGGCCAGAGAACUGCUCCCAAAGUUCAAGCCGGAUGUGAGUGGAAAAGACUGCACAGCCAACUUCGAUCGGUGCUGGACUACAAUGCCUCUGGACGACUCACCAGCUCCCACACCAACAGCGAGUGAGCAUUUCCAGGGAUAUACUUACGUGGCACCUAACCCGUGGCUUUCGUCUGCAUAAACUGAAGGCUGCUGCUAGACUAGAGUGUUAAAGGAAAAAAGAAGGAGAACUAAAUGAAGUGAAGACGAUUUGAAUGAAGCCCCCAUUCCAAAUUGCCGUCAAGUAACGAUGUAAGUGUUGAGUUUAGAAUAUGUUUAACAUCAUCUCAAGUGUACAUUUUAU